UUUAUUCUAUCUUUAUUACUUAAAGAGAAAAAUAGGGAUUUAGACGUAGUUAAUAAUUAUUUAUUUUAAUUGUUUUUUUAUUCCUGUGAUAUUUUUCUCCAGAUCGAAAUGUCGAAAAUUGGAAUCAAUGGAUUUGGCCGCAUUGGCCGAUUAGUUCUCCGUGCUUCUAUAGCAAAAGGAGCUCAGGUAGUUGCAAUAAACGACCCUUUUAUUGAUCUGGACUAUAUGGUUUAUCUUUUUAAAUACGACUCUACACAUGGUCGCUUUAACGGUACGGUCGUUGCACAGAAUGGUCAACUGAUAAUUAAUGGAAACAGAAUAACAGUCUUUUCCGAAAGAGAUCCCAAGGCAAUUCCAUGGAAAAGUGCUGGUGCUGAGUAUAUUGUAGAAUCAACAGGUGUUUUCACCACUAUAGACAAAGCUUCAGCUCACUUACAAGGUGGCGCUAAAAAAGUUAUUAUAUCCGCACCAAGCGCGGAUGCUCCAAUGUUUGUAGUUGGUGUAAACCUUGAGGCUUACAAUCCUUCAUAUAAAGUUAUUUCCAAUGCUUCUUGCACAACCAACUGCUUGGCACCCCUUGCAAAGGUCAUUCAUGACAACUUUGAAAUAGUUGAGGGGUUAAUGACAACUGUUCACGCUACCACAGCCACACAGAAAACAGUUGAUGGUCCAUCAGGUAAGCUCUGGCGUGAUGGCCGUGGUGCUCAGCAAAAUAUCAUUCCUGCAGCCACUGGAGCUGCAAAAGCUGUUGGUAAAGUAAUUCCAGCCCUUAAUGGUAAACUUACUGGAAUGGCCUUCCGAGUACCGGUACCUAACGUAUCUGUUGUUGAUCUUACUGUUCGUCUUGGUAAGCCAGCUACUUACGAAGCUAUCAAACAAAAAGUUAAGCAAGCUGCUGAAGGUCCACUAAAAGGCAUUCUUGGAUACAUAGAAGAUGAAAUAGUUUCUUCUGAUUUUGUUGGAGACACACAUUCAUCUAUUUUUGAUGCUGCUGCUGGUAUCUCCCUGAAUGAUAAAUUUGUGAAGCUUAUUAGCUGGUAUGACAAUGAAUAUGGCUAUUCCAGCAGAGUUAUUGAUCUUAUUAAGUACAUCCAAACAAAGGAUUAAAAACUAAAGAUUUCUAUAACGAAAUAGCUUGAUGAUAUUUUUCAUACAUCUACGUACAUUAUCAUAUUGUAGACAGAAAUAAAUUUUUCAGAAAACUACAUAAAAUACAUUUAAUUUAAUAUUUAUUUAUA